AUGGGUAAUUCUUGCACAUGCAUCAAGGAUGAUCAGAAGGAUUUAGAAGAAUUUAAAAAUAUUACCACAGAUAGAAAAGUUAGAGAAUAAUAAGCUGUCACAAUUCAAAAGAAUUUCAGAGCAUACUAAGCUAGGAAAUAGUAUGCACAGUUAAAAAACGAUCAUCUGGUAGGCGAUCCAAAUCUGGCAAUAGAAAUAUCAGCUAGAAUUUAGGACCUUUUGACUUUGAAAAGAAUAAGAAUAAUAGGAUAUUUGGGCCUAGGGAAUAAAGGCCACCAUAUAAACUACGAAAUGGAGCGAUUUACAUAGGAGAAUGGUAUUUUAAUAAUGUUUUACAUUUUCAAUAGGAACCCAACAACUAGUAAAAGAGAAGGCAGAGGUAAAUAAAUUUGGCCUGAUGGUUCAUAUUAUGAGGGAUAUUGGGUAACUGAUUAAGCCAAUGGUAAAGGAAGAUUAAUUCAUGCUGACGGGGAUGUCUACGAAGGUGAUUGGCUAAAUGAUAAAGCUGAGGGUUAUGGAAGGUAUACUCACAUGGAUGGAGCGUAAUAUGAAGGGUUUUGGAGAGAAGAUAAGCAGCAUGGAAAAGGUAAAGAAUCAUGGCCAGAUGGAGCUAUGUAUGAAGGAGAUUACAUACAUGGAAAGAAGCAUGGAAUCGGGAAAUUUAAAUGGUCAGAUGGUUCAAUAUAUGAAGGAUAAUUUAGGGACAAUAAUAUAGAAGGAGAUGGAAAAUACAGCUGGGCAGAUGGAAGAUCAUUUACUGGAACUUGGAAAUAAAAUAAAAUGCAUGGCAAAGGUGUUUUCACGUGGUCAGAUGGUAGAAAAUAUGAGGGAGACUAUGUUGAGGAUAAAAAGGAAGGCAGAGGAGUAUUUUACUGGCCAGAUGGAAGAUAAUAUAAAGGGAAUUGGUUAAAUGGAAAACAACACGGUUAAGGAACAUUUGUGGCAAUUAACGGGCAAUCCAGAGAUGGAUUGUGGCAAAAUGGAAAGAGGGUAAAGUGGCUAGAUGAAUGA